AUGGAGCCUGGGGGCCCCUGUGGCUGGUGCCCCGCGGGCGAGGCGCAGCCGGCGCGUUACACCUGCCCGCGCUGUAACGUGCCCUACUGCUCGCUGCGCUGCUACCGGGCGCACGGCGCCUGCGCCGAAGCCUUCUACCGGGACCAGGUGCUGGGGGAGCUCCGCGGCCGCAGCGCCUCUCCCAGCCGCCUGGCGGGUGCGCUGCGCCGGCUACGUCUACAGCGGGAGAUCGAGGAUGAGCCCGAGGAAGCAGGCCGUAGUCCUGGCCCGGCGCCCAGCGGCCUCUCCGGACUCUGGGAUCAGUUGGCUCCGGCCGAGAAGGCGGCCUUCGAGCGGCUGCUGAGCCGCGGUGAGGCUGGCCGGCUUCUGCCCCCGUGGCGGCCGUGGUGGUGGGGUCGCGGGGCCGGACCGCGGCUUCUGGAGGAGCUGGAUGCCGCCCCGGGCAGUGAUUAUGCCGAGCUGGAGCCCGCCCCAGCAAGGACUGCUUCGGAAACCGUGAGUGAUGCCAUCGCCGAUUCGGAGCCGGUUCCUGGAGAUGCCCAGGGUACGUGCCCGCCCCCCGUGCCCACCCGCAUCCCUGCACUGGCCGGCUUGAGCCGCAGCCCAGCCUCGCCGCUCGUGCGCUUCCAGCUGCCCAACGUGCUGUUCGCCUACGCGCACACUCUUGCCCUGUAUCACGGAGGCGAUGACGCUUUGCUCUCUGAUUUCUGUGCCACUCUGCUCGACGUUUCCGGAGCCCUGGGCAACCAGCAAGUCUUCACUUCUACCGAGGAAGCCCUGCAGGCCGCAGCCCAUGUACUGGAAGCGGGCCAGCACUCGCCUGGGCCCCUGGGUACUCGAGGUGCUAUGCAGGAGGCUGCCCGCAUCCUGCUAGGCGAGGGUCCGGUCAACCAGAAAGGCUACACGCUGGCCGCACUGGGGCACCUGGCACGGAUCUUGGGCCGAGCCCGGAAACAAGCUGUGCCUAGGGAAGAACGAGAUCGCCUCUUUCGGGCCCGGAAGAAGUGCCAAUUCCUGCUGGCCUGGACCAACGAAAAUGAGGCUGCCCUCACACCUCUGGCUCUAGACUGUGCCAGGGCCCACCGAGCCCAUGCUGUGGCAGCUGACGAGGUGGCGGCCGUCACUGAGGAGCUGGAGCGGCUUUGGGGAGGACCUGUGCCACCUGCUCCGAGGAUUCUUAUUGAAGAACUCCCUGGCUAAACUGAGUACCCUUGUCAGUAAUAAAGCUGUAACUGAUCUUGUCA